AUGUACAAGUACUAUCUGGCUGUCCAGCUUCAGCGAUUCUCCGACUUUGACCAAACGCAACUUGGACGUGUCCUGGAGAUCCUUUUGCAGCUCCUCACGUUUUCUCCAAGCCCCGUCACUCCAUUAAUAUUCCUGCAGGCGUUGCGGUCAUGUCCUUCAAUCCAGGGGCUGGAACUUAACCCGGAAACAGAUGGUCUUGCUAUUGAUCUUGCACAGAACGUUGCAGGCGUUCUAUUCGAUGUUCGAGUGACCUCCACAGGAGUACGACAUUUGGUCGCAGUCCAUAGCACACUUUCCGAAUAUUUUCUCGACCCUGAUAACUAUCAGAAAUACAAUCCAAAUAAUCUUAGCCCAGCCACGCAGGAAGCGCUAGUAUCACUACACAAUGCUGUUGGAGAGACAGGUCCGAAAUCCCUGCUCGAGCUUUGCUGCAACGGGCUUCAAGAUCCAGAUUUUAACAGAUUUCUCCAUCAGUAUCAGUACGCUGCUGAUUUUUGUCGCCAAAAUCUCGAUGAUACCUCAAAUAGAGAUGUUCAGCCCGAUAUAUCUCGACAGGAAAGCGAUUGUGAAAGGCUCCAAGCGCAGCUUUGGCGGGAUCCUGCGUUUUCGGUUUGCGACUCGCUGGCGGUUGAAGGAAGUUGGAUGGACCGACAGUGGAACUCCCUAAAAGAAGAUGGGGAAUGGUUCAGGGAGCGUUCGGAUAUUAUGAAGGAUUACGAGUCGUUAGAUGAAGAGACUCUGGUCCCGCCUCUCCGCCUCCAAGUUUCCCGAUGGCGCAAUGUCGUUUUUCCCCGUAUGAAAAAGCAAUUGGAGCUCAGGCAAAACGCAUUAUCAGAGCUGCGAACCAGACAUUUGAGUGCGUAUGCGUUUAGGAACACGCUUAGUGAUGUUCCGGCCCGGCUUAGGCUCGGCUUCGAAGGGCUUAGGCUCACAAAAAUUCAGAGCCUAGGCCGUGAGCCCAAGCCAGCCCAAAGCCGGGGCUUGGGGGAGCCAACGGACAGAGCAGCUUUGCGAAGCCAACGGACAGAUCAAGCAUUAGUGGUAGUCUAA